AUGGCGAUUAAAUGGAAACCCCCUGACCAACCAUGGAUUAAAGUUAAUACGGAUGGGGCAUAUAACACGGAAACCGAAAGAGCCGGAGGGGAAGGGGUCGUCCGGGACUCCGACGGUAAGUUGCUUGCAGCCCUUGCCACACCCCUUGCCGUACAGUCAGCCCUUGAAGCCGAGCUUAUGGCCUUACACCAUGGUUUGGAACUGGCUAAGGAAUUCGAUCGGCCUAUCGGGAACAUUCAUAACAACCUCAGGGAUAUGGAGGCGAAAAAUGCAAUGGCCCAAAGCGAUUUCGAAGAAAAGCCAACCCCGGAUAACAGAACAGAGAUCAAUAGAUGCAUCGCCGAGUACACUCGACUCCUCAAAAUGGAGGAGGAUUUCCGGCGCCAAAAGGCAACCUUAAGAUGGCUAGCGGAGGGCGACAAGAACACUAAAUUCUACCAAAGCUGGGUCAAGCAAAAAAGGAUUCGCAUGCGCAUUCACAAGAUCAAUGUGGGCGGCCGAGAGAUCUCGGAUGAAAUGGAGAUCAGAAACUCAGCGGUGGAGUUCUUCCAAGACCUCCUGGCCCCAGGCCACUCACACUUUCCGAGCCAGACGUGGUGGCGGCAAUUGGACAAUUCUUCGGGGCUAGUGUCGGAGUCGUGGAGUGACUACCGCCCCAUUAGCCUGUGCAACGUCGUCAACAAGAUUAUCACGAAGAUAUUGUCGAAGAGAUUGACUCAACUCAUCCCUAGGGUUAUCUCACCAAACCAGAGUGGAUUUGUGAAGGGACGGCUCUUCAAUGACAAUGUCCUUUUGGCACAGGAGAUGUUCCAUGAGCUCUCGAGAUGUGCGUCGGCCCCUAAUGUCGCGGUCAAAAUCGAUAUGGCUAAGGCCUACGACCGAGUACAAUGGCCCUUCCUUUUGAAAGUGCUACACCGGAUGAGAUUCCUGGCUUCGUGGAUUUCUAUGAUUGAAAGAUGUGUGGGCUUGUGUUGGUUCUCGGUACUGGUCAAUGGCGCCCCCUCAGGGUUUUUUAAGUCCACCCGCGGCCUUAGACAGGGAGAUCCAAUAUCCCCGGCACUUUUCGUGAUUGCAGCUGACUACCUCUCAAGGGAAUUAGACAAGCUCAUUUUGGGAAAGAAAGAGAUGACUUUUAGAGCUACUCGCCAUUGCAUGGAAAUAAGCCACCUCGCAUACGCUGAUGACAUUGUGAUAUUCACACAAGCAGCAGAGGGGCCUCUUCGGCAGCUUCGGAUAUGCUUGGAGGCAUAUGUUGGGGUUUCCAGGCAGCAGAUCAACCUGGCAAAAAGCAACUUCUACAUUGCCGAACAACAUGAAAGAUAUGUUUAUGUUCCUUCGAGAAAAGAUUGUCGCACGAAUCUCGGGGUGGGCCCACCGGCACCUCUCUUUGGAGGUAGGCUUACCCUAAUUCAAAGCACCCUUGAAGCGGUGCCGCUUCACAUUUUCCAGGCCAUCGAACCAACGUCCGGGGCCCUUAAGCAAUUGGAUCAGCAGAUGGCUCGAUUUUUCUAG